UUUUGUAUUCACUGUCAUUUUAGGAAGUUAGACAUCUUUUCCUUGUGCUGUUAUGCUACUAGAGUUCUCAAGCACGUGGACUGCGAAUACCCAUUGUCAGAGCAAGUCUCAUUUUCAAGUUGCAAUCGCAUGAUUGAGGACUCAGGUCCUAGAAAGAUAAUUUGGUUCCUCGGUGUACUUGCUGUGCUUGGUAACCUGGCUGUUAUAGCCUGGCGUCUAAUUAGGCGCGACGACCACCCGGUUCAGACCUGUCUUCUGACGAAUCUCGCGGUGUCCGACUUUCUCAUGGGAGUGUACCUUAUGAUUGUUGCCAUUCAAGACCAAAUAUGGGCAGGUAUGGGUUUCGAUCACCAUUAUUUCGGUGGGACCAAUACAAAUUCUUAUUUUUUUUUCUAUUUUACUGACAGAGCAUUUAUCAUAAGCUUGGCUAGUUUUACAAGUAACAGAUUUUGAAUCAAAAUGAUGAAACAGUACGUAACCCCUUUAUGGGUUUUUAAGGUCAUUUUUAAAUGACCUUAAAAAUUAAUUCAACGAGAUCACGCUGAAUCGAGCCUUUUUAAUUUGAGGUCACAUUAAACUAAAGCUUGUACACAGGCCCGGUACAAGACAUAUACCUUCAAAUAGCAUGUCACAGGCAAAUGAAAGGCACGCGCAAAUAUGAGCUCAUGAUCUGGGAAAAGGGGGCGGUCGCAGUUCGUUCCUUUUUAAUUAAACUGUUACUAGAAUUUUGACAUCAAUCCUGUAACGUCAUUUUCCCGCCAAAAACCGCUAAAAUCAAAAAAGUAAAACCAACGAAACAUGCGCAAAAAAAAGUUGUACCAUCCUGCAAAGUUUCGGAUCAAACGGAUAAAAAUUGUGAGAGAAUUCUUUCCUGGCCAUUUUUGAUGUUUUCUUUUUUUCAAGAGUGUGAAGUGCAAGUUUAGCUAUUGAUUUCAGACUCUAAACAUUUACACUCGUAAAUUUUUCAUUAAAUUGAUCCCAGCCUUAGCUACUAUAAUACACAUCGUGACCUCGAUCGAAUUCUUUUAAAUAAUAAUGUGGUCUGGAAGUUAUUUUCCAAGUAGAGCAUACAAUAGGGUGCACAGACAAGUGAGUGUUAUCAUAAUACUGAAAUAGUGCUUCAUUUCCAGGUGCUUACUUUAACUUCGACCUCACUUGGCGAUCAGGAACACUUUGUAAACUUGCUGGUGCUUUAUCAGUGCUGUCGAGCGAAGUCUCGGUACUAAUGCUGACUGUUAUAACCGCUGAUCGAUUGAUCAGCAUCGUCUUUACAUUCAGCUGUCGCCGACUGACUCUAAGGGGAACUUACGUUAUUUGCGCAGCCGUCUGGGUCAUCGGAACCAUAAUUGCCGUCGUUCCGGCAAAUGAUCUCCCAUAUUUUUACAACGAGGACAGACAAUAUGGAUUUUACGGUAUAUUCGCUUUUCAAGUGAAACUCCGCCCCCUUAAUUUAAUUUUCCCUUACUGGCUGGCUCUUUUAAUCUAACGGAUUAAAACGUCUUGAUCAGUCUACCGAAGUAUAGUGAUGUUGAACAAAGUUUCGGUUAUUUUUUAGAGAAUCUUAGUAAAAUGCUUGACAGAAGAUUGUCAUGGCAACAGAAUACUACGCUCUGUGACUUUUUGGGUCAGAAACUGUCAUUGCCAUCUUCUCCAUCCUUAUUAUCAUCAUUAUCAUCGUCAUAGUCAUCAUCAUCAUCAUUGUUAUUUACUUCUUGUUCUUCCUCUCUCCUUAUCAUAAUUAGCCUGUCACAUUAUCUGAUAUUAAGGACCAACUAAAAUACGAAAUUCGUAUUUUUUUUUAAGGGCGUUCGUCAGUUUGUCUCCCUCUCCAACUGUCCUCAGAAAGGCUGGCCGGCUGGGAGUAUUCAGUUGCCAUAUUUAUCGCUUUGAAUCUCACAGCUUUCCUUUUCAUCAUGACAGCCUACAUAGCCAUUAUCUUUAAGGUGUUUACGUCACAGCAGAGAAUCAACGCACAUGGAGAAUCAAAAACCAAUAACAGCCUCAACAGAGAGUCGGCCCUCGCUCGGAGAGUGUUCGCCAUCAUCUUAACUGACUUCAGUUGCUGGAUUCCUGUGAUAAUUUUGAGUAUUCUUGCUCUCGUUGGGAAGUUCAAUGAUCCCGACGGAACGGCUUACGUUUGGUUUGCUGCGUUUGUCCUGCCGGUUAAUUCAUCAGUUAAUCCAGUGCUCUACACGUUUUCUACACCGAAGGUAAGAGCGCAAGUGGGGAAACCUGAAUGA